GAUCAAGAACACUGUUGGAACAGAGAUGAAGGCUCUACUCUAGCUUAGGCUGGGGACCUCCCCUAUACUUUGUAUGUGUGAUUGUAUUACAGAGAUAAAGCAGCUGUGGGAAGAAUUAAAUAAGCCUUCCCCCUCCCUGCUCUGAGGUUCUGUUCCUCCUCUGCAGGCAGGGAGAUGCUGAGCUGAGGCUACUUCCCUGGGGUUAAGAUUGAUGCUAUAACAGACCUUGGAACAUGUGGCUAUAGAAACUCACUAAAGAUGUCUGUUCCAAAUCAACAGCAUCCAACUAUUGUUAAUCCUCCACCUCCAGAAUAUAUCAAUCCUAAAAAAACUGGCUGUUUAACAAAUCAACUUCAAUAUUUACAGAGGGUGGUCAUGAAAGCUAUGUGGAGACACAACUUUUCCUGGCCAUUUCACCAGCCUGUAGAUGCUGCAGCACUAAACCUUCCUGAUUAUUAUAAUAUCAUUAAGAAACCCAUGGACUUGAGCACAAUUAAAAAGCGUUUGGAACAUAAUUAUUAUACAAAAGCUACAGACUGCAUUGAAGACUUUAAAACUAUGUUCACGAACUGCUAUGUGUAUAACAAGCCAGGCGAUGACAUUGUUUUUAUGGCACAAGAGCUAGAAAAAGUAUUUCUGCAGAAAGUGUCACAAAUGCCUCCAGAAGAGAGAAUAGUUAUUGUUAACAAAGGGAAAAGAAAAGGGAAGAAACAAGAAGGAGCUCAGCUGCCUGAUUCAGGAGUUUGUACCACUAAGCAAAAUCAACUGCAGAAGCAAAUUGAAAGCAUUGUUAAGCAGCCUCACGUGAUGACUCCAGUACCACAGCAGCUUGUGCUAGCCCCUCUGUCAAUGGCUCAAUCGACUACCUUCAUGUCAGCCACACUCCCUAUAAUAAAAGUUAAAAAGGGUGUGAAAAGGAAGGCUGAUACUACUACAAUAUCCACAGCAAGCUGUGAAUCUUCUCCAGCACUUAAUGAACCAAAAAUUGCUAAAAUAUCAUGUAGAGGAGAAAGUGAACGUAGUGUACCAGACAGUUAUUUAAAGAAAGACUUGCCAGAUUCUCAACAGCCACUUGAAGUUGUCAAAAAUGUUCAAUUAUCAGAACAACUAAAGCAUUGUAGUGAAAUCCUUAAAGAAAUGUUUGCAAAGAAACAUGCAUCAUAUGCUUGGCCUUUCUAUAAACCUGUAGACAUUACAGCUUUGGGGCUCAAUGACCACCAUGAUACCAUGAAAUGCCCUAUAGACCUUGGAACUAUUAAGAAGAAAAUGGAUAACUAUGAAUAUAAAGAUACACAAGAGUUUGCUGCAGAUAUUAGAUUAAUGUUUAUGAAUUGCUACAAAUACAACUCUCCAGACCAUGAAGUGGUUGCUAUGGCAAGAAAACUGCAGGAUAUCUUUGAGAUGCAAUUUGCCAAAAUUCCAGAUGAACCUGUUGCAAGUAUACCACCGUCACAGCCCAAAACAGAAAUAGCAAGUGCUCUUUCUAGUGAAAGCAGCAGUGAUGACUCAUCUGAAGAAAGAUCAUCUGAAGAUUCAGAAGAAGAAAGAACACGACGCCUUGCAAAGCUUCAGGAGCAACUUAAAGCUGUUCAUCAGCAGUUGCGGGCUUUGGCCAAAACCUCCUUGCCCAAGCUGAGGAAGAGAAAAGGAAAGUCUAAAAAGGGGAAAAGAGGCAAAGAAAAAUCCAAAUACAAAUAUGUGAAUCAAAAGAAGAAAAAGCUAAAGCAAAAAAAGAAAUUGAAGAAAAAACUGUCUUUAAAUAUUCAGUCAAAGAAAACAAAGCAGCAAGUCUCAUUGGCACGUAAAUCAGAAGAUGAGGAUAGUGCCAAGCCGAUGAAUUAUGAUGAAAAAAGGCAGUUGAGUUUGGACAUAAAUAAACUUCCUGGAGAUAAGCUUGGAAAAGUAGUAUAUAUAAUACAGUCAAGAGAGCCUUCACUGAGAAACUCUAAUCCUGAUGAGAUAGAAAUAGACUUUGAAACUUUAAAAGCAUCGACGCUUAGAGAACUAGAGAAAUAUGUGAUGGCUUGUUUAAGGAAAAGACCAAGAAAACAUGCUAAGAAACCAGAGAAGUCAAAAGAAGAACUUAAUUUUGAGAAAAAACAAGAGUUGGAAAAGAGGCUGCUGGAUGUCAAUGGGCAGUUAAACCCUAAAAAGCAAAACACCAAAUCUGAAAAUAACACUAUACCAAAGAUUAUUGGUGGACCAAGGCGAUUGAGUGAGAGUAGCAGCAGCAGCUCCUCCUCAGACUCUAGCAGCAGCAGCACUAGUAGUGAUUCUAGCUCUUCAGAUACCAAUGACUCUGAAUCAGAAAUAGGCUCAAAGCCAAGUGGAACCAGACAGAAUGGUGUGACUUCUAAAGAACAAAUGGAGCAAGUACCACUGUCUUUACAAAAGACAACCUGCAAUGCUAUUCCUGAAGUGCAGACCUCAUUAUCUUUUACUAGUAGCUUGCAAAAUCAAAGAUCAUCAGAAACACAGCCUUCUCAUAAAAUACUACAGUGGCCUCAGCUUUUGCAACGUAGUCCACUUAAACUACCUGAACAAAGCAUGCUGUCUCCUUCAGGUAUAAUCACAGUUAUAUCUCCACUGCGCUCCACACCAGUACAGCAAAGGCCUCAAAAUAUUCCAAAGACAUGCCAGCCUUUUGUCAGCCAGCCUACUCACAUUGCCACAGAGGAAUCCAAUUCAUCUUCCCAGGAUAUUCCAAUGAGUGAUGGCAAAGAAUCUGGAAAAUUAAAUAUUCUUCAAAACAAUGUUUCUGGGGGAGUUGCUGGCUCAAAAUCCAUAAAUCAAGAACAAAGUCAUUCUGACAGCACUGAUGAUAAAAACACACUAGAUCCUACACUUCAAAUUCUUCCAAAAAAGGACAUCAGAAUUAAGAAUGCAGACUCCUGGAUAAAUUUAUGUAAAAAGAUGGCACUUCCAGUUCCCAUAAAGGCAUCUCCGGAGAACUUCAAACAGUUCAGGAAAGCAGCACUAGAAAAGGAAGAAACUGAGCGAGCACAAGAGUUAAGGAGACAACUGGAACAAGCCAAGAGGAAAGGGAAAACCCCCUUUCAAGAAAAAGAGAGAUCCCAUGAAGGAGCAGAACUGGAAUCCACUGGAAUGAAAGCCAAUGAAGAGCCACAAAAAGAGAGGCCAAACAGCGAACAGCAACAACCACCUGAGGUUCAACAAAAUAUCCAGAAAGGUCUUGUCAAAGACCGUAGCCUGGCUAGAAAAAUGGAGCAAGAGCGCAGGCGGAGAGAAGCUAUGACUGGUACCAUUGACAUGAACCUGCAGAGUAAUAUAAUGGCAACUUUUGAAGAAAAUCUUUAGUGGAAUUUUGGACAUUGGAAAAAGUUGCAACCUGGCCACAGUCCUUGAGUGACACUGUAAUCAAUGGAAUGAUACAAUAAACUUGAUACAAGUGGCUAAAUACAUGUGUGCUAUUUAUGUAUCUCAACAGUAUAUUGUUUACAGCUCUUCAAAGUGUUCUAAACUGCUGACCUGUGCGUUUAAUUUGCAUAGCACUGUUAAAUAUUAAAAGUAUGCAUUGACGCAUAAAAGAUCACAGGGUAUUUUUGUUGCUUGCAUUUAUAAUCUGUCAAAUCGACUUGUUACUAGCUAGUUGAGCAUGGUCCUUUUUGAUUGCAUAUACAUGUUACUUCUUAAAAUACAUUGUAAAGAUUUUUCUGGAGUAGCUGUAUCUCCCUGUUUUUUAAUUUAGAACUUUUAAAAGCAAUUAUCUUUCAGAACCAUUCCAGAAGCUUUUUUAAAAUAUACUGGCAGGAGCUGAUUUCUUUUCUUAUUUUCACUGGCUGUUUCUGGUUAUACACUGCAUUUACAUGUGGUGUUAACUUCUCCAAAGUAUUUAUCCAAACCAUAAUAACUUUGUCUCUUCAAAAGCAUUUUAUUUUGAUUAAACAGUGAAGAUAUCACUUUUUUAAUUAACACACAAAUGUGUUAUUUAAUAAAAACUGGACUUCUGCAAAGACCUUGUAAUAGUGACCCUCUAUAUUAUCUAUGGAAAUAAUUUGUAUUUAAAGAACUACAGUUGUGGAACUUUUGCAUUUUCUGUACUUGACCUACACUUUCAUUUGCCAAAUUCUGUUCACUUAACCUGCCUCUACUUGGUUAAAAAUGUUUACUAUAAAAUACAGGAACAAAAAAGUUGAGAUUGCUUGAAAGAGCAGGCAAGCUGGAGUUACCUAAUCAUUCAUAUUUUGUUCCCAAAGAAAUUCAUUGGAACUAAAAUGCUUGUAGUUCUGGGUAGCACUUAAAGAUCAAUCUCUCUCUUAAUCUUUAAAAAUUGUU